UGUCUUUGGCAGAUUGUGUUUAUAAGGGUGAAGUUGAGAUAGAUUCACUGAUAGAGGUACAAAAAAAAGGCAUUAAAUUUUAACCCUUGAAAAAGAGAAAAAGAUCUUAGCUUUAGCAGCUUAGAAUUUUUCUUUUUGUAUUUUUGGUUGGGUAAAUAUCAAGUUUGCCACACCACAAAUCAAAAAAUGGAAUUCCAUUAUCAAAGAUUUGAUUUCUUGGCCACUUUGAGCCAAAGAACUUAAUUAGCUUGUUUUCUUGCAAAUACCGACCAAAAAAAUACAGAAAUGGUGUCAAGAUCAUACUCAAAUCUUUUAGAGCUUGCUUCUGGUGAGUCUCCAUCAUUUGGCCGCAUGAGCCGCCGAAUCCCGCGGAUUAUGACGGUAGCCGGAAUAAUUUCUGACCUAGAUGAUGACCCAUCUGAAAGUGUAUGCUCUGACCCAUCAUCUUCUUCAGUCCAGAAAGACAGAAUAAUUAUUGUAGCCAAUCAGCUGCCAAUCAGGGCACAAAGAAAAUCGGAUGGCAGCAAGUCUUGGAUUUUCACUUGGGAUGAGAAUUCACUUCUCCUCCAGUUGAAAGAUGGAUUAGGAGAUGAUGAGAUUGAAGUUAUUUAUGUUGGUUGUUUGAGAGAAGAAAUUCACCCUAGCGAACAAGAUGAGGUCUCACAAAUACUUUUGGAGACCUUCAAAUGUGUGCCUACAUUUCUCCCUCCUGAUCUUUUUAGCAGGUACUAUCACGGGUUUUGUAAGCAACAGUUAUGGCCUUUGUUUCAUUACAUGUUGCCUUUGUCACCGGACCUUGGUGGUAGGUUUAAUAGAUCAUUAUGGCAAGCAUAUGUCUCUGCAAAUAAAAUUUUUGCUGAUAGGAUUAUGGAGGUAAUUAACCCGGAAGAUGAUUUCGUGUGGGUGCAUGACUAUCAUCUUAUGGUGCUGCCAACUUUUCUUAGGAAGAGGUUUAAUAGGGUAAAGCUUGGCUUUUUUCUCCACAGUCCUUUCCCUUCAUCAGAGAUUUAUAAGACAUUGCCUAUUAGAGAAGAGAUUCUUCGAGCUCUGUUAAAUUCUGAUUUGAUUGGUUUCCAUACUUUUGACUAUGCAAGGCAUUUCUUGUCUUGCUGUAGUAGAAUGCUUGGUCUUACCUAUGAAUCCAAAAGGGGAUAUAUAGGCCUUGAGUAUUGUGGUAGGACUGUAAGCAUAAAAAUUCUGCCUGUUGGUAUUCAUAUGGGUCAGCUUCAGUCAGUUUUGAGACUUCCAGAGACUGAAGCGAAAGUUAGGGAGCUUAUUAAGCAGUUCUAUGAUCAGGGUCGGAUAAUGUUGCUGGGGGUGGAUGAUAUGGAUAUUUUUAAGGGUAUAAGUUUGAAGCUGCUGGCAAUGGAACAGUUACUUAUGCAGCACCCAGAGUGGCGAGGCAAGGUAGUGUUGGUGCAAAUAGCAAACCCUGCAAGGGGUAAAGGAAAAGAUGUGAAAGAAGUUCAAGCUGAGACUUAUUCCACGGUGAAGAGGAUUAAUGAAGCAUUUGGAAGGCCAGGAUAUGAUCCUGUAGUCUUAAUUGAUGCACCGCUUAAGUUUUAUGAGAAAGUGGCGUAUUAUGUUGUUGCUGAAUGUUGCUUGGUCACUGCUGUAAGGGAUGGAAUGAAUCUUAUUCCUUAUGAAUACAUAAUCAGUCGCCAAGGAAAUGAGCGAUUAGAUAAAGUGUUAGGACUAGAAUCGUCUGCCUUGAAGAAGAGUAUGUUGGUUAUUUCUGAAUUUAUAGGAUGUUCUCCAUCUUUGAGUGGAGCAAUUCGAGUCAACCCAUGGAAUAUUGAUGCAGUGGCUGAUGCAAUGGACUGCGCACUGGAAAUGGCUGAGCCAGAAAAACAACUUCGACAUGACAAGCAUUACAAAUAUGUUAGUACUCAUGAUGUUGGUUAUUGGGCACGUAGUUUUCUUCAGGAUUUGGAGAGGACAUGUCGUGAUCACGCAAGGAGGAGAUGCUGGGGUAUUGGUUUUGGAUUAAGCUUCAGAGUUGUAGCACUUGAUCCAAACUUCAGGAAGCUCUCAAUGGAGCACAUUGUCUCAGCUUACAAGAGGACCACAAUUAGGGCAAUUCUUUUGGAUUAUGAUGGUACUCUAAUGCCCCAGGCUUCAAUUGAUAAGAGCCCGUCUCCUAAGUCAAUUGACAUCCUAAAUAGCUUGUGCAGAGAUAAGAACAACAUGGUUUUCCUUGUUAGUGCAAGAAGCCGCAAAACACUUACUGAUUGGUUUUCGCAGUGUGAAAAAUUGGGAUUAGCUGCAGAACAUGGAUACUUCCUAAGGCUAACACGAGAUGCAGAGUGGGAAACAUGUGCCCCUGUAGCAGACACUUCUUGGAAGCAGAUUGCAGAACCUGUGAUGCAGCUUUAUACUGAAACAACUGAUGGUUCCACUAUUGAGGACAAGGAAACUGCACUAGUGUGGUGCUAUGAGGAUGCAGAUCCGGACUUUGGUUCAUGCCAAGCUAAAGAACUUCUUGAUCAUCUUGAAAGUGUCUUAGCCAAUGAACCUGUAACAGUCAAGAGUGGACAAAAUACUGUGGAGGUUAAACCUCAGGGUGUAAGCAAGGGGCUCGUAGCCAAAUGCCUACUUUCGACAAUGCAAGAAAGGGGAAUGUCACCAGAUUUUGUUUUGUGCAUUGGAGAUGACCGGUCCGAUGAAGAUAUGUUCGAGGUAAUUGCAAGUUCCAUGGCAGCCCCAUCUAUUGCUCCUAGGGCAGAAGUGUUUGCUUGUACUGUUGGUAAAAAACCAAGCAAAGCUAAAUAUUAUCUGGAUGAUACAGCAGAGAUAGUUAGAUUGAUGCAAGGUUUGGCUUCGGUUUCAGAACAAACAGUUACAAUACUGUGAGCUUGAAUGAACGUCGUACUCUCUUCUUUUUCGCUGUAACUGUAAGCAUGUAGGUCAAAUGGUAUAGUUUUCUCUCUUUCUUUCCCGGCUUUCGUUCCAUGUGUAAAUUAUCAUAGUGUUUACUUGAGAAAAACUGAGUUAUGGGAAACUCUUUUUUGUGCUUGAUCUCUUUGUAGUGAAGUUGUAAAUAAGUAUAUGUUUGUGCCAUGAAUUUGAGUUUGCUGAACGGCAUUUGUCUCUACAUUCUUCUUCUUGAAAAAUUUCUCAGCUCAGAAUUUUUUUA